CAAACAAAAAUCUCGAAAAUACUCAUCUUACAUAUCUAACGUCGAAUAUCUAGCACGGGCUAUUUUGCAGCCCUUGCCACUUACAACUUCACUUUCACCACUCAUUAGUUAUAUAUAACGUCUCCACAAUGCCCAAGACUUUCGAGAGGACUCGCAAGGCCAUUGCCAAAAAGAAGGGGGCCGUGGAUUCUCUUCAUCAAUACUCACGCGAUUCUAAGAGGCUGCAUAGGGCCCAAGUUCGCGACGGAAAGCUGGAGAAAAUUGCGGCCUCGAGGAAGAAAAGUGACAAGCCUUAUCUUGAACGAGCUACCUUUUUCCAGGAAGCCGUGAAACAAAAUGGGAGCCAACCUGUACAGAUGGAUGUUAUCCAUGAACUAAUCAAGACGUUUGUGCACCAACACGAUGAGGAGCUGAGCGAAGUAAAAAAGACUCGGCGGCCCGGACGUCCUGCCAGUGCCAGGGAAGAUCUACUGAAAGUGAAAAUCGAUAAGCUUCAGAAGGAGUACCAGAGCGGCUUUUUAAUUCCGGAGCUCGACACAGAAGAAAAUGCUACGGUACUAAGCCGAUGGGAAGGCUCUUGGUCCUACCUAACCACCCUCAAGUGGGUGAGAAUAUCUUCCGCUGGGAGCGUUCAACCUUCUAGCUUUCCUCCGAGAGGAGAGCAUUGAAAAGAUACCCCCCACUUCCCACGUGCUCGACGUCCUCAGCCCGAGGACGCGUGUGUAACGAGUCCCUGUACCCUCGGUUGAUGUUUCUAUGUUCAU